CUCAGGUGCCAGUCCCAACAAUAUGGGUUAGAGAUUGUGACUCAUCACUUUCUGUAGUCAGCCAUUUUCAUGCAGAAGACAACCGAUUCAACCUUUGCCUCGGCACAGAAGAGAAAAAUUUGCUUGUGAGAUAAAGACCCGUGGAACAAUCCAUAGUGUGAAUGAAAGAUGGAGAGGAAGAAACACUUGAAAUGGAACUUCCCUGAAUUGCUCCCCACAUUUAAAGUAUUUCCCUCAGCCGAGAGAAGGAAGACGGGGCCAGGCUUCAGGUUGUGCUCGCACGUGAUAGAUACGAGAUGCCAGAAACAUCCAGUCAGAGAGUGAGAUGUGGACAGCCCCAAGUUCAACCAACGCAGGACAAGAUCAAACAACCUGAGGAGUCACUUCCUCCUCUUUCCUCUUCUCCUCCUCCUCUUCCUCCUCCUCCUCGUCCUCCUCAGACCAGGAGUGUAGAAUCAGCACCUGCCUCAGGAAGUCAGUGCUGGAGUGGUGGUGAAGGCAUCAGACAGAAGCAGCAGAGACCGUCAGUGCUGCGCCACGUUUUCCAAAUGGCUUCCAGACGACAACAUGAAAAUGCUGCCCCCUCUGUUGGUGAGAAAGAGGAGGACACAGGCCGUCCUUCCUUGUCCUCUUCACCACAGAUGGGCCCUUUAGUCAGACAAAGUCAUCACCUGCUGCCUCUGAGGACAGAUGGUCCAAGUCAGAGUUCCAUCGAGGCCAGGCUUCAUGAUGGUGUCUCUGAGGGAAGCAGUGCUCUGUUUGUGAGUGGCUUCUGCCGCUGGCCGGGCUGUGACGCAGUCUCUAAAGAUUUCCAGAGCUUCUUAAAGCAUCUCCAUUCUGAACACAGUCAUGGUGACAGAAGUGUUGCUCAGUGGAGGGUCCAGCAGGAUAUAGUCCAGUACAUGGAGAGUCAGCUCAUUCUGGAAAAACAGAAACUCCUUGCGAUGCAACUUCAUCUGCACCUCUCUGAACACAAGUACACUGAUCUGGCAGCCUCUGAGUGGCCGUACAGCCUCCCUCUGUUCCUGCCACAGCCUCAGGUGGCAGACAGAGACCAAGUACAACAGUGGUGCAUGAAACAGCUGGAGGAACUGUCCCAACAUGGCUACAGAACUACUGCUGCUUCUGCCAACCUCCUGACAGAUGUGGUCCCCAGUAUUGAAUUUUACAAACACAAAAACAUCAGGCCUCCGUACACUUACGCCUACUUGAUACGAUGGUCGAUUGUGGAGUCUCCAGAAAAACAGCGCACGCUUAAUGAUAUUUACAACUGGUUUACCACCAUGUUCUGCUACUUCAGACACAACACUGCCACCUGGAAGAAUGCAGUGCGUCACAACCUCAGUCUACACAAGUGUUUUGUACGAGUGGAGGGAGGGAAAGGAGCUGUGUGGACGGUGGAUGAAACAGAAUACCAGAGGAGGAAAGGACAGAAGUAUCACAGGGACUGUCCUGUCAAGUGGCUCACAUCCUACUCACAGUAUUAUUGUCCAGAGGACGCAUGAACACCAGCAUGGACAGAACUGUGCAGCUGAAGUGAUGAUGAUUUUGAUUUCUGUUUUGAUUUUGUUGUUUAAAAAAUGUUACAUGUGGUUGUAUUUCUUUUCUUUUUCUUUUUCUUUGCUACAUGAAGAAUUAUUUUUUUUUGUACGCAUUGAUUUUUAAUUCAACAGAAAUAAAAUAAAUACAAUUUUGA